AUGUGGUUGAAGUUUGUAGUCCUUCUUCUUGUUAUCUAUUCCGUUUAUGGAUCCAUUAUGAUUCAACAAGCAGAGGUUGGUAAAAAAGUUGAACUCAGGUUAGGGUCAGACGUUGUAACGUGGAAACGCGUAAGAAAGGAUGACAUUGAGGAGUUCAUCAAGUAUUGCGGACCAACCGAAAAAGGACCGAGAUGCAGUCAAUUCGUUACUGCAGACAACAAACCGGCAGUUCCUGAAACAAAUGCUCAUGUGAACAGGGAUGGCACACUUGUCAUCGAAUCAUUCAAGGAAACCGACGCUGGUCUCUAUUCAUCGCCUGACCAGAAGCCAAACAUUGAAAAGCAACCAGACGGAAGUGAAACCGCAACUCUUGCCGGCCAUAUUGAGCUUAUAGUCAAAGAAUAG